AUGUAAUUUGCCAAAUAACAUUAUUAUUCAACUUUAUAUGUGAACACUUACCACUUAUUUUUGUCAGGCUCUCCAAGUGAAGAUUGGUCUGUGAUCAAGUACGUACAUAUAUCUUCAAUGGAAGACCAUUACUCUAUCUAUCCUCCAUACAUGAGGUUGUGGCCACCGUUCAAAGGUGUAGUACCUACCUUCAGCACAUCAUUUCAGAAAUCUCUCCAAACUGUGCUUAGCUUUACCAAUACGUCAGCCUUGCUCAUGGCAGCAUCACAUUCUACUUAUGUAGUACAUGACGUCACAACUCCUAACACCCACAACACUAUAAAGAUGGGAAGAUCCUGCUGGUGUAUCUGUUGCUAGCGCGAUAACAGGCGAACUGGCAUCCUUACCAGAUGAUCGCCAUAUUCUUGCGACUUUCGUGACCAAGACUAAGUUGCCCAUGGAGAGUCAAAGGCUACAAGACAUGCCACUCCACUCCACACUGCUCACCGCCACGGUCACCUUGGUUAGCUGCUCUGGACAGCAAUUACUUGCGAUGAAGUUCCUUGUGCUCCUCACCAUGAGUGUGGCCGUGACCCAGGUAAACAGCGCGCUUCCCGUUGCUGAGAAGAAUAGCUGUUCAGGCCUCAAGAACGAUCGCUCUCUUUUAUCCAGUCUACUGACGGUCGCAGGCUACAGUGACACUUGCGUGGCUGCCGCCCUGGACUCCUGUAGGACGGGGCAAGAGGUCAGCCGCUACGCGUCCCUCGUGGAGGAUGCAAGGGAAGUGGUGCAGCAGGUCAGUGUUGCUGUAAACAAAUGGGAGUCUCGGCCACGUCACUGCAAGGACUUACUGGACUCCGGGGACAGUGGGAGCGGCCUGCGCCAGGUAUACCCUUUCCCUGGACAACCCCACCACCGCGUCACCGUGUUUUGCGACCACACCGUCGACGGCGGGGGUUGGACCGUCUUCCAGCGGCGCACCAGUGAUGCCGUCCGCCAAGAUUUCUUCCGUACUUGGAUCGAGUAUCAGUUGGGCUUCGGCGACCUGGAGGGUGAAUUCUGGCUGGGCCUUGACCUUCUGCACCAGCUGACCUCCACCACCUUGCAGGAGCUACGGAUUGACCUGCACGAUUACGAGGGUGAACAUCGGUGGGCUAAGUACGGAUUCUUCCACGUGGGCACACCAGAAACCAAGUUCCGCCUCAGUGUUGGAAGGUACAGUGGCGAUGCAGGGGACAGCCUAGCAGGUCAGAGCGGUGUCUCAUUCAGCACACGUGAUGCUGACAACGACAAGGCAAAUGACAGCUGCGCCCAAAAAUUCCGGGGAGGCUUUUGGUACGCUGCGUGCCACAGAGCAAACCUGAACGGCUAUCAGCACGUGGGCAACCACACCUCCUUCGCCGACGGCAUCAACUGGUUUGACUGGAAGGGCUACCACUACUCCCUCAAACAAACGUCCAUUAUGACCCGCCCCGCCUUCUGAGC